ACUAUCAAGAUGAUCGGGCAUAUUAUUUCACGAACGAAUCUUCGGAGACAACAACACAAUGCAUAUGGUGCUGCCAUCCAACGAGAUGGGAUCCAAGCUUUGCACUUGACGAUUGCACCUCUCACUAAUACAUUGAAAACAAACGUCAUUUUUCCCAAACAAGAUUUUUGUUUACAUUGUUCACGCCAAUCAUUUUGCACUAUGGGUGAAUUGUUAUUCUUUCCCACUGUUGAUGGAACAUUUUGUUGCAACUGGCCGUUUCCAGUCAACCCUGACCCCGAUCGUUCGUCAGCGGAACUGAUUCCCCUAGCAUUCAUCAAAAUUCAAAAUUCGCUACACCGCUUAGCAUCCGAUAGAACGCCUAAUGAAAAAUUCAAGAAGAACCAAUUAAACAGAUGGAUCAUUAAUUUUGGCUGCCCGUUCUUGCGAGGAAUCAGCCAACACCGAACUCGAUCGUUUGCCAGUGAGACACAUUUUAGCAGAAUUCGAGAAAAAUGGAAUCUUCUAUUCCUCCGUUGUACAGCAGACGGAAUUUGCGAUAUAGGAUCCCAGGAGGAAAGAAUUUUGCAAGCCAAACAACCUGAUUGUCCUGCCCAGUUAUGAAGCUACCACGCUAGUGCCUCGAGAAAACUUGACUACAUCAUUUUAAGAUUAUUUAGUCCUGAUAUACAAGUGAGAAGCAUCGAUUCGGAUACUAGCUAUAA